GGAUAUGCCUGUAACACAAAGGGAACGCCACCGACGCGGGUUCACCCCCUGGUUCCUUGAAUGUCUGGAAAAUUCUCUGCCCUUCUUUAAGCACUUGUCAGACGCCAGACGGAAGACAACGUGGACUUGAAAUAAUCUAAGCGAAAGCUCAUAUUCCGCUAGGGUACAAGUGUGGCUGGUGCACAACUAUAACGUUAGCGCGGUAUCAGCAUUAGCUGUAACGUACAUUUUAUACGCCAGCGAAGAGAUUAAACUAACGUUAGUUAGCUUGCUAGCUUUUACGUUAGUCCGUUUGUUCCAUGCUGCACUGUGCAUGGUGUGAGAAAUAGUUAGCCUUAGCCACCACUACUAUUAGCCAGUGCUUGUUUGUGGUGCAGGUCAGAAGAGUAAGGGGGUGAAAUCUGCUUCAUGACAAUGACUGCAGAGGAGCAGACAAGUGAAGGACAACACACCAUCCCAAUGGAGGGGGAGGACAUUACGCCAAAGAAAGACGGGGGUGUCUUAAAGCUGGUGAAAAGGGAAGGCACAGGCACAGAGCUGCCUAUGACUGGUGACAAAGUGUUUGUGCAUUAUGUGGGCACACUUCUGGAUGGUACUCAUUUUGACUCAAGCCGAGACCGAGGAGAAAAGUUUUCCUUUGAGUUGGGCAAAGGUCAAGUAAUAAAGGCAUGGGACAUCGGCGUAGCCACAAUGAAAACAGGGGAGUUGUGCCAGCUCAUCUGUAAGCCAGAGUAUGCUUAUGGAACUGCAGGCAGUCCACCCAAGAUACCCCCCAAUGCCACUCUUGUUUUUGAAGUGGAACUAUUUGAAUUUAAAGGCGAGGAUGUAACUGAAGAUGAGGAUGGAGGAAUCAUUCAUCGCAUUAUUACUAAAGGGCAGGGAUAUUCAAAGCCUAAUGAAGGAGCUUCUGUUGACGUAACUGUGCAGGGUACCUAUGAGGGACGAGUCUUUGACGAGAGAGAACUGAAGUUUGAGAUUGGAGAUGGACAGGGUCUGGGCUUUCCAGUUGGAGUGGAAAAAGCUAUAAUGGCUAUGGAGCAGGGAGAGGAGGCACUCUUCAAUAUUAAGCCUAAAUAUGGCUUUGGGAAUGCAGGCAGUGAGAAGUAUAACAUUCCUGGCGGAGCAACACUGCAGUACAAAAUCAAGCUGACUGCCUUUGAGAAGGCUAAGGAAUCAUGGGAGAUGAACACGGUAGAGAAGCUACAGCAGAGCGGCAUUGUCAAAGAGAAGGGAACACAGUAUUUUAAGGAGGGAAAAUACAAGCAAGCCUCAGUGCAGUACAAAAGGAUUGUGUCGUGGCUCGAACAUGAGUCUGGUUUAUCAGAGGAGGAUGAGAAGUGCGCAAAAGCAUUGCGGCUGGCGGCCUAUCUGAACUUGGCCAUGUGCUUCCUUAAACUGCAGGAGCCAAACCAAGCACUGGAGAACUGUGACAAGGCCCUGGAAUUGGAUGCAUCUAAUGAGAAGGCUUUGUUCCGAAGGGGAGAGGCACUGUUUGGUAUGAAGGAGUUUGACAAGGCACGAGAUGACUUCCAGCAGGUUGUUCAACUUUAUCCUGCCAACAAGGCUGCCAAGAGUCAGGUGGGUCUUUGUCAGAAACGCAUCAAGGAGCAGCGUGAGAAGGACAAACGCAUCUACGCCAACAUGUUCCAGAAAUUUGCAGAGAGGGAUUCAAAGAAAGAAGCAGACAAAAGGAAGAGUGAAAGCAAGGAGAACGGCGAUGAUGACAUGGAAGUUGACAAUGGAGAAAAGGAAGUCGCAGUUGAAGCAAAUGCGUAGAUGAAAAUAUGAUUAUUACAGUUCAUCUGUAUUUCAGACUUUUGUAACUUCAGCCAUUUGUGUUUCAGGUGUGACUGUGUGUAUGUGUAUAGAGUGUGUGUAUGAGAAUAAGCGUGUCAAAGAGAGCACUAACUGUGGGAGCGUCUUUGCUGGCUUUUUCUUUGUGUCCGGGCUUUUUGCUGUGGCAGCUACCUGAGCAGAUGGGGCUUCUCCAGCUGAUGGGGAUGUGGUUUUAAUAGAUGAAUUGUGUGCCACAACCCCCGCCCCUGAACCCUUUCAACCCACGGCUUUGAACUGUGCAUGUGUUUUCACAGCGUUUUGGGUAGGAAAAUAAGUGCAUCCAAGUGUUAAGUGCAGAAUUUCACCCGUCAAGGGCUACACCAUUCACCUUGCACUACCCUCUGUCCUCUCCCCGUCAUGUCGUAUGCUAUGUCCAUCUAACACUCCUCAUGGGCCUACUGAUCAAUUCCUGGAGCUGUGAUGGUUGUGUGCAUAGAUAUGUCUGAAUGUUAGAGUGCCUGUGUCCCAAAGUACGUAUGUAGCAGCACUGUGGAUAGGUGAGUAAUAAGACGUUAGCCUGGAAUAGCUGUCGAACUCGGAGCUUCUCUCUCAAUCUAAAGAUGGAGCUCCUCUAUAGCCCCCAGGGUACAGGACUGUUCACCUUUACUUUGAAAAUAUUGACUUUGUACUUUUUAUUUUUUUUUAUUUUUCCAGUGUUGUGCUUGUGACUUCUGUAUUGUUCUCAAAAGGAUGAAAGCAACCAAUUACUUAACUGGAAUAUGUGCGUUAUAAAGCAGCUUGAAAUGACAGUAAUUAGCUUCUGGACACACUCGAGUAAUAAACAGUUAAGUAUUAGUCUUAAUUUUACUGUAAAAAAAAAAGUACAUGUGUGAACGUGUGCAAAUAUGGCUCAUCAGAUUCAGGCUGUUAAAGAAAAGGUAAAGGUACGGCAGAAGAAGAUGUGAGCACUGUUCAUUGUCAGUCAACAGCACCUGAAGAGUGGGGCAGAAACUGAACUAGGGGGCUAAUUUAAAAACCGGGCUGUGAGGAUUUUGUCUUUUGGAAGGCUUACUGCUUGGUCUGCCCUGACAGAAAGAUAUAAUAAACAAUAGCUACAGCUUGA